GAAAGCAAAAGACACGUCCUCGUACUAUGUUUGAAUAUCGCUUGUAUAAAACAAAAUAAAUAAAUAAAGUUGCUUUUUCUAAAAGCAUUUCAACCGUUAGAUGAUAAAGAAAUUUAUGCUUUCUUUCAAGUAUUCCUUUAAUCUUUAAGGAAGCGUGUCGAAAUUUAUGUUGUUUGUGUUUCCUCCGAUCCUGAUAUAUACAUAUUUUUGUCUUUCUGUGGUGCCUGCAUGCCAAAGAUGUCAGAAAAGUUGAAGAACAAAGUUGAAUGUUCUGGUAACAAGAGUAGUGAAGCCAAAGAAUGUGGCCUCCCUUUGGAGAAACUGAAACUUGGUCCAAGGAAGAAGCUUCUUAUUCUUGGUGUAGGAGGAUUGCUCUGUCAUAGGGUAUACCGCUGUGAAAAAUCCAGCAUACCGAAAUUCCGCUGUCCAGAUGCUGCAUAUGGAAACUUUUACGUGUACAAGAGGCCUUACUGUGAAGAUUUUAUGAAAUUUUGCUUGGAAAGAUUUGAAGUAGGAAUAUGGUCUUCUGCAAGGGAAUGGUACAUGGACAGCGCCUUGGAUUGUGUGAUGAAGGGAUUGAGGAGAAAAUUGGUAUUUGUUUGGGAUCAAGCUGAAUGUACUGAUUCUGGGUUCAUGGCCUUGGAGAAGAGAGACAAGCCUAUCUUACUGAAGGAGUUGAAGAAAAUAUGGGAAAACAAGGGUUCCAAAGCCACCCUUCCAUCUUGGAUUGUGCAGUAUUCUUCAACCAACACACUAUUAAUAACAACUCCUUACAAGGCUCUGCUAAACCCUCCUCACACAUCCAUUUGUCCUGCUGAAUACAAAGUUGACCAAGUUGAUGGCAUGGCUUUAGGCCCUAAAGGUGAGUUGAGGCUUUACUUGGAAGGACUGGCAGAUGCAGAUGAUGUUACUUCUUAUGUUGAAAAGCAUCCAAUUGGCCAGCCUGCAAUAACUAGUGCUCAUGCUGAUUGGGAUUUCUAUUCAAAUAUUAUCAGUCAUUUUCAGAAGGAUUGAGCUGUUGCAGAAAGAAAAAAACUCCAUUGUUAUGAAGCUGAAGUGGUUUAAGUGAUUUUGUUGUCCAGGGAUUUGUUGGAUAUGUUCUGCUUUUAACUAAAAUCUUGGCCUUUUUAGCAGCAGCAGUGUCUCUUUUGCAUUUGCAUAUCAUUAUACCGCUACGAAAGAGAAAGAGCCAAUAUAACAAGCUUUCGCUAUGUUGAUGCAUCA